CGGGAGGCGGGAUAAUGUGUCGUCACCAGGAAACGUUUUCAAAAUAACAGUCUGGCUAGCUGUACCACUAUAGUGUACGUCAAUGCUCGCUAAUUGAACAACUAAAAACAAAAUGUCUGAAAACAAAAAUGCACCGUGGUCUUGUGAAGAGACUAAUGUGUUGCUUGCUAUAUGGUCUUCCACGGAGAUCCAGGAGAAAUUAAACUCGAAGCACCCGAGGACAAGGAACAGAGUGUACGACGAGAUUCGCCAAGAGAUGUUGAACGGCGGCUUAAGGCGUUCAACAGAGCAAGUCACAAACAAAUUGAAAAAACUAAGAAAGGAGUACAGGGACCAAAAGAUGAAAGCUAGUAAAAGCAGCAAUAAACGCGUAAAUUAUGGAGUUUUGGAGUCUGUGUUGGGACACCGACCAGAGAGUCAGUUGACUGGAGCGCUAAAUUCAGCUACGGCCAUGCUUGACACCGACGCUGAAUCGCAAGCCUCUGCAGAUGAUCUUGGCAGCAGAAUGUCCGAGCCCAAAAUCGCGCAGCAGUGGUCUUCAGAGGAAACAAGCGUGCUGCUUGCGAUAUGGUCGUCCGCAGUGAUCCAGGAGCAAUUUCAGCGCUUCAAACGAAAGAAGAAAGUGUAUGAUCAGAUAAGCCAAAAGAUGGCCGAUGCAGGCUUCAGUCGUUCAGCCUUACAAAUCGUAAACAAACUCAAAAAAAUUAAGAAAACUAAUGACAACGCUAGUAAAACUAGCAUUGAACAGAACAAUAAAAAAGCCAGGUAUGAUGUCAUGGAUGCUGUGCUGGAACACCACCUGACUGGGGCGUUGAAUUCAGCGACGGUAAUGCUCGAGACAAAGACUGAAUCGUUGACGUCCUCUGAGGCUGAUAUUGACUGUUUCGCAGAAAUUGACGUUGUGCUGGACCAAGCCGAGUCGUCCUUCAGCCCUUCUCAGUCACAACCAAAAAGUUCUCCGAAAAGGACCAGAGUACGGAAAAUAGAUUCAAACCAGGAGCUACUGGAAUACUUAAAAGCUUCUGAUGAACGCUUUAUGGAGCACGCCAAAGAACUUAAUACUGCUAUUCUUAAUAAAAUAGAUGAAGCUACAAAUUCAAUGUUGGGACUACUGGAACGCAUGGUCGCAGUAAUGGAGGGACAGCAGGGUAACAAGCAGUGAACAC